AAUCACAGCCAAGCUCUGUGGAAUGUGACGACAAUCAACGCGGAAGUGACGGCCUAAAUCCAGGCGCAUGUGUCUGUACUUAGUUCAGUUUCUAAUAUAGAAGUUGUGUCAUUGUCAGAAUACACUAACUAAACUGUGUACGUGGCGGCCAUGUCGUCCGGUGGAGAAGUAGUGCUUCGGGCCGUGGAGACGCCACUCUUCUGGCUUGGCGCUCUGACCGCGGCCUGGCUGUCAGUGUGCUCCGUGUACCGGCUGCUAGCCGGGAUCAAGGUGUGGGUGCUGGGCAACGGGCGGCUAGUAUCACCCGCCAAACUGGGCAAGUGGGCAGUUGUGACAGGAGCGACGGAUGGAAUCGGCAAAGCUUAUGCUGAAGAGCUGGCACGCAGGGGCUUCGCCAUAGUGCUGAUUAGUCGCUCUCAAGAGAAGCUGGAUGAAGUAUCUAAAGCGAUUGAAAGCAAAUGUGGUGUGAAGACAAAAACCAUUGCAGCAGACUUUAGUGCAACAGAUAUUUACGCCAAGAUUGCAGAUGGACUUGAAGGACUGGAAAUUGGAGUAUUAGUGAACAAUGUCGGGAUAUCCUACUCAUACCCAGAAUUCUUCCUCAACGUCCCUGAUCUUGAUAAUUUCAUUGACACUAUGGUGAAUGUCAACAUAACGUCAGUGUGUCAGAUGACACGCCUUGUUCUGCCUCAAAUGGCUGAAAGGAGGAAGGGCGCCAUCCUCAACAUCUCUUCUGCCAGUGGAAUGUAUCCUGUUCCUCUGCUUACCGUCUAUUCUGCAUCAAAGGCAUUUGUGGACUUCUUCUCCCGAGGACUGCAAGCUGAAUACAAGAGCAAGGGGAUCAUCAUCCAGAGUGUUCUGCCAUUUUUUGUUGCAACGAAACUGAGUAAGAUCCGAAGGGCCACGUUGGACAAGCCAAGUCCAGAACGCUAUGUCGCCGCAGAGCUCAACACCGUGGGCCUCCAGACCCAAACCAACGGCUACUUGCCUCAUGCCAUCAUGGGCUGGGUGAGUACCACUCUGCUCCCUGCCAACAUCCUCAGCAGACACGUGAUGGGAAUGGGCCUGUCCCAGCGUGCUCGUUACCUCAAGAAGCAGAAGCAGGGCUAGGGCUCAGCGGAGGCAGAGCGCCACCAGCUGCGCUCACGCCUUCGUCUGACUAGCGUCAUCAGCAUCAUCAGCGCGGACCAAGGAGAGAGAGAAAAAAAACAAAUCAGUUUCCCUCCCCUUUAGAAACGGCAAGUCAUGGAUGAUGCGAGGCAGCUUCUGGCCUCAAUCUGUGAUGUGCAUUAAUCAUCCACUUUAAUCAACUAAUUGCAGAUUUACAUUUUCUCGGCUAAAUCCUAACAAAACACUUGAGGUUAAUGUGGGCGUCAUGUUUUUUGUAUACUGUAAUCUUAUAUGUAAAGCAAUAUAACGGACCAGUUUAUUUUAUUUUUAUUUACAGCUAAGAUGUACCAAUGAAAACAUGUCAAUCAUGUGACAAGUGUUUUGAAACUAGGUCUCAGCUAGAUGUGGCUCGUUAGCGUCUGUGCAUACGCCUUGCAAGUAAUUCCAACGUUAGGUUACCCUGCGGUUUGGGAGUGCGAAGUAGGCUGCACCCAAUGACCAAUUCCAGUUUGUUAGUCUCCUCUCUGCACUAACCCUUAACAUGCCAGCCAUGUCUCUGAAUGCAUUGAUGAGAACACUCGUGUAAUUGUGUGGUGUCAACUGCAAAAAGUUGCUUUAAAACUAUUAAAACCCAUUUGAAUUGUUUAUAUUUGUGUUACGGGUUUUGGAAUAAACACAAAAUACAGAGUCUA